AUGUGUGAAAACGCCACAACUUUCCCAGCUCAUAUUUCUCUCAUUGAUUUUCAACUGCCGUCCUUUAACAGGGAUUCUGCUGAUUGUUUAAUUCAACAGUUGACCACACAACUCACAAGUCCAAAACUCCAACAAACUCUUGGCACAUGGGGAGUUGCUUCCAGUGCUCCCAAUUUCUUCUCCAACCCUUCAGCCAUUCAAAUCUCACACAAUCAUCAGGUCAUUUUAGUGUGUGAAAGUAGUAAAAGUUCACAAGAACCUUACAAUGAUCGAAUUCAAGUAUUUGAUCUCAUUACGAAACAAUUUAAAUGUUUCUUACCUUUCCCUGACCAGUUGAUUCGGUCUCUCGUCGUCGAAGAGAAUUACAAAUUGAAACAAGACGCCAUUAUUUUCGAUACCUACCUCAUGGACAACUCUCCAUUGUACGAUUAUUAUUCCAAAUUAUGCGUCUUGAAAUAUGAUUUAAAACAUUUACUUUCUCAAGGGGUUGCCAAGACCGAACCCAUGACCUCGCAUGGUUAUUAUUUACAGACUUCGUACGUGUGGAAGAGUGAUCAAUUUGAAUCUCCUCAGGGAAUGGCCAUUCAGUAUUCUUCGUCAGAAUCUCGUCUUUUUAAGAAAGGGAAUGAUCAAGUAAUAACCUCAUCGAAUCGUUUGUAUGUAUGUGAGGCCAACUUUUUAGGACCUUCCAUUAAAAUUGUGAACUGUUCGAACGGUACCUUAUUGGAACGAUUGGAAGUUCCAUUCAUACCUCAAGCAGUUGCUAUUCAUAACGAUUAUGAUGAUGGUGAGCUUGCUUUGGCUUUAUUGUCGUCCACAAGUGCCAAAGUGUACGUGAUUGUAAGACAGAAGAAUGAGGAGAAUAGUUCUUCUCCUAAACCAGUGAAAUUAGAUUCCAUUGAGAAUGAUGAUGAGGUUGAGGAAUCGUUUUAUGAAUCGGAUGAAGAGUUUUCUUUUAACGGAGGAGAAUGGAAGUGUGUGCUUCAAUUUGGAAACCUCCAAAAAGAUAAACAAAGAAGACUAAACGUACAUUCCAUCCUUUACGAUCGUUUGGCUCAGUGUUAUCUUGUAGGUUCUAAGGAAGGAGUUACUUAUUUCAAUAAGGAAGGAAGAGAAGUGAAGAAAUUGAAUAUUGGAUGCUCCGUAGGGAAUUCAUCUCUCAGUGGAAUUUGUUUGAAUGAGAGGAGAGAUCCAUGCUAUGAAUUGUAUGUCUGUGAUUCGUAUCAUCGAGUUGUACAAGUUUUUAAGUAA